AUGGUUUUGCCGAAGAAGGUCGUGAUAGAUGGUCUUCCUUUCUGUGAUUAUAUUCCACAGCCAUUUACCUCAUUGGCUCGAAAUAAAAAGGGGCUGAUUGCUGCUGGUCGACUAGAUGGUUCAAUUGAUGUUUACGAUGAAAGUGAUAACUUCUACUUGAUCCAUCAUAUACCAUCUUGGAUCCUAACCUCUAUAUACGCUAUUUGUUGGUCAAAUACGCGACUGUUCGCAACUGGUGGUGAGGGUUGCAUUUUUGAGCUGAGCGUAGUGUCGAUCCACCCAAAGGCAAAUUUACUUCUACCUGGAGGUCUUCCUGCUCGUUCUCUUGUAUCCUAUGAUGGGGGUCUUAUCUCCGGCAAUGAUGGCGGGUACAUCAACGUUGUUGAAGUAGCUGAUGGGUCCUUUGAUCUUAAAUCCUGUCUCACAAAAGUGGAAGGGAAGAUCUUGAGUCUGGCUGUGGAUGAGACGAAUGGAUUCACAGUUGCUGCUGGUGACUCGGAAGGGAAGAUUCAUUUAUUUGAUCUAAGAAAUGGUGCAACUCUUUCAGUUUAUGCCAUUGGCGAUGAACAUUCCACUGUACUACCCGUUGCUUGGUCGUUGACGUUUGUGGGAAAUACACUCUUUUCCGGUGACAGUCGUGGUAAUGUUUGCGUAUGGGACAUUGAGGUUGGAGCCCUCGUUUCCAGUUUUAGAAGUCAUGCUGCAGAUGUUUUAGCUCUUGCUGUCAGCAAGGACAACCAAUCUGUUUUUGCCGCUGGUGCCGAUCCCAUCAUUCAGCGCUUCGAUCUUUGCCAGACUGGGUGUACAUCGCAGUGGCAGCCAAGUUGUGUCAUAGGGGUCGGCGGGCGUGACAUCCGUAGUCUUCUCUUCGUUCAGCGUGGCGAAUCAGGAUGUCUUCGCCCUUGCAGUGUAGAUAUGGACCAUCUCAUUGCAGCGGGUAACGAUGCUCGCCUUCAAAUUCUUCCCUGUCCUCCGUCUAACCUCGGUGAUAAAGUACCUAUAUCCCGACCGGAAUUACAAAAGAGGAAUGAUCUACCUGAUAUUCCUGCACCAUUCUAUCUGCCUUUCUGGCCGCUUUCGGUUACGCCUACUCUGCCUCUGGAUAUCCACUUUGCACGUUCAACCUUCAUGCCAAAUUAUGGUCAUUCUGCUCGCCUUUGCCUUGUGCAGCACGAAGAGUACAUGUGUCUAUAUCGUCUUCCUCCGAAAGCCAAACGAGCGUUUCAUUCGAAAGAUUCUCUUAGAUAUUUUACCAAACUAGCUCAGAUUCGACCAAAGCAAGGAAGCCGCGUUAUUUCCAGUUGUAUAUCACCUUGUGGAAAGUUUAUGGCUUACUCCGAUGAUGUUCGUACGCGGAUUUUAAAAAUUGCCCACCCGAAGUCCUGGAAGCUUAAUCCAAAUGAUCCAGUUCCAUUGGUUAGUAUCUCGCGCCUGGGUUGGGCUAGGAUUUCGCGAAGACGUUUUCGGGGCCGAGCAUCGUCUCUAUCUUCCGAUUCCGACAAUACGGGCUCCGAGGCUGAUCCAUCCCGAUUCCUCUCGCUUGAUCAAUCCUCUGCUGAUCUUUUUGUUAAUAAUAUAGCUGGAAGGGAUGUUGAUUUUGAUGAGCAUUUAGUCUCCAGAAAACGCAAGUUGACUACGUCUAAGGUCACGCAUCCGUCCGUUGAGGGUUGCCAUAAGAAUGAGAGUUCCGCCUUGCCUCCUGCCUCUCUCAUGGCCUUCUCUCCAUCUUCUGCUUGUCUCCUUUGUGUAAGCAUUCCCGCUCAACAAGUUGUUUGCCGUAGACUUGAUACUGGGGUGGCGAUCUGGAAACUUGCACCUCAAUCAUCGCUCACAAACGGAACACCCAGUCCAAUCCACUUACUAAAAAUGGCUCAACUCUGUCCUGAGUCAGCGAAUGGUGGGCCUGUGACUCUACUCGCGGUGGCUCCUCUAGGUGAACGCGUGUCGGUAUACGCGUUUACCGAGGCGAGCAGCAAUCAAGGUCCGCAGCACCUUUUCACAUGUCCUCUAGCCGCAGAUCCUUUCCAGCCAGGCCGUCACCCGCGUCCUUUGGCGAUCGCGCUGCGCGUCACCAGACGCGGGACGGCGGAGCUAGGAGGAGAAGCAGAGGUUGCGGAAACGAGUGGGACGAGGGCUCAAGUUGCUAUACUUUACACAACUGGCCAACUGACUGAAUGGCGGCUUCCCUUGCGUUUAUCCGGGUCUACAGUUCAUCUCGUCGGUGCCCCACAGGCUGAUACAUGGCUAGCGGAUUUCUGGCAACGUAACCAUGCUGCGUGGCGACGCCGCAUGCCUAGAUUUCAUUCUUUGGAUUACUUCUUUAGUAGUCGCAUUCUCAUGCUGGCUUCGCGACGAUUUUGCCUUACUGUCGAUCGGCGCAAACAAAUCACUUCGAACGCCGUUCGUCUGGCCUUUUGCGAGCGCUACCACAAGUCCACCACUGGAUGUCUGCGAAUUUUCGGUCAACUAAGUAAUAUGUUGCGCUGCACGGUGCUGGCCGAUCGAAUUGCUGCACUUAAGAUGAAUGGUCGUGCCGCCAUCGAUCGUUUGCCGGCACCUCUGAAGAAAAAACGAUUUGGAAUCUGA